ACUGUCGAUAUAACGCUAGUGUAUAUAAAUACUUAUGCAAGUUCAUAUGUACCUAUAUACUCUAAGAUAAUUACGUCUUUAUUAAUAUCAAAAGGAGUUGGAGGCCGCGAGUAACCACAUAGCAAGUCCGGCUAGUGUUUGGACACCUCAAAAUACAUAUGUAUAAUUUGGUUUUAUCCGUAGAAUAAAUCGUGUAGGUAAAUUAAUUACUUCCUGAUUGACAAAAUGUUUGGCCUCAAAGCAGUAUUCGUUUUGAUAUUUCUGAAGCAUCACGCUGAUGCAGCUAACAUCCUGUAUGUGACACCAUUUACUUCAACGUCCCAUAACAUGUUACUAUCGCCGAUCGGUCUGGAGCUAGCUCGCAGAGGACAUAAUGUUACUGUAAUAACAUCUCAUAAGGAAAAGAAUCCACCGCCUAAUUAUCAUCAAGUCAUGGUGGAUGAUAUAAAAAUUUGGGAACUAACGGGCGGUGGUGGAAGGCCUAACAUCUUUACCAUGACUGAUAUAUCUGAAGAAGAAUUUCACCACAAGAUUUUGUGGGGAGCAGGUCUAGCUUUCACAGAAGUUGUUUUAAAUUCGACUGAAGUCAGGAAAUUUUUAAGAAAAGACAACGCUUUUGAUUUGGUUGUAUGUGAACAAUUCUUCCAGGAAGCUUUAUACAUGCUAGCUUUCAAAUAUAACGCACCUUUAGCAUUAGUUACGACUUUUGGAAACUGCAUGAGACACAAUAUUGUGGUGCGCAAUCCUUUACAACUUGCUACUGUUAUUCCUGAGUUUAUUGUUGUGAAAGAACCUGAUAGCUUUUGGGGAAGAUUGAGAAGUUUAUAUUUUACUACGUACGAGUAUAUAUAUUGGAGGUUUAUAUACCUCAAGAAACAGGAACAGCUAUUGCAAGAAUAUAUGACGGAUUUGCCUAAAGAGAGACCGAGUUUAUAUAAGUUACAACAGAACUGUUCUUUAAUGCUUAUAAACAGUCACUUCAGUUUUAACCCUCCCGCUGCUCUUCUACCGAACAUAGUGGAGGUUGGAGGUCUUCACCUUUCACGUAGUAAUACAAGUCUUCGAAAGGACCUACAAACACUUAUGGAUGAGUCAAUUCAUGGAGUUGUGUACAUGAAUUUCGGUACCAAUGUCAGAAGUGCAGAACUUCCAGAAGACAAAAAGAAUGCGUUCCUUAAUGUGUUUAGAAAACUAAAACAGACUAUCAUCUGGAAAUGGGAGGAUGAUACGCUAGAAGACAAACCUAAGAACUUAGUUACUCAGAAAUGGUUACCACAAAAGGAAAUUCUUGCUCACCCCAACGUUAAGGUAUUCAUAUCUCACGGAGGGUUAAUAGGAACUCAAGAAGCAGUAUUUAAUGGAGUACCUCUCAUAGGUGUGCCAAUAUAUGGCGAUCAAUAUAACAAUUUGCUGCUGGCCGAACAAGCAGGCUUUGGAAAAAUUUUGCAGUACCACGACAUCAAUGAAGAAACCUUCGAGAAGAUUCUUACUGAUGUGAUCAAUGAUGAAAAGUAUGCUAAAACGGCAAAAGAGGUCUCGCGUAGAUUCAAAGAUAGACCUAUGCCUGCCUUGGAUACCGCUAUGUAUUGGUUGGAGUACGUUAUAAGAAACAAAGGAGCAGAAUUUAUAAAGAAUCCUGCAAGAAAGAUGAGUUGGAUUGCAUACACCAUGAUGGAUGUGUACGCAUUCAUACUUGUAUUACUUGUAGCAGCUUUAUUAAUCACUGUCAAAUUAAUUAGAGUUCUUAGAAAGAUUUGGUCUUUGUAUCAGUUUCAUGAUAUAAAAAUUAAACAUUUAUAAUAAAUGGACUUAUCAUAGUUUCAUAAUGUAAAGCUUUUAGGUAUGCAUAAUUAAACGAUGUUGCAUACAUUCACAGCAACCUACGUAAAAACAUUAGUUAAUUUUCUUAAAGUAUAAGUUCUGAGUUUUAUUCAUGUUUUGUAGAGUAUUGCUUUUAUAAUAAUUAAUAUAUUCAAUACUGCCAGACAUUACCUGCCAGCGGUAAUUUUCACCAGACACUAAAAAU